AUGGGUAUUUGGCAUCCAUCACUGAGGAUACCUAGGGAACCAUCCCGAAAAUUCCAACUAGAAACAAUACGCUGCACUGUCUAUAGCAAGAUGAAAUUGCUGAUAUGGUUGUCACUUAUUGCCAUCGUUAAUGCUGGCAGUACAGUUGUUCGCAUGAAUGAUCUGAAUAGUACUUUGAGUAUAGUACAUCACAACAUUGACAGUUCCAACCAAGAAGUUGCAAGAUUGGUAUAUAACCAUCUAACAAGCACCUAUCCAAGUCGUAACUGGUUCGUAGUGGUAUACGAUGACGUGACUGGCACCGACAACCAUCAAAUAAGUUAUUGUGGAGGGGGGUUCGCUUUCCGGUACUACGGUUUCAACUUAAUGAUUGCAAGCAGUUCAAGUGAUGCGCCAUCGAUGUCAGUUUCAAAUGCACGAUUCAUACUGAAUAAACCAAUAAUCAGAUACGGAACAUUUUGGAGCCAAUACAACUACCUUGGAGCCGGGGCCGUACUGGGUCGAAUUAACCAUUACGUUGACUGUCGAAAUUAUUCUGGUCUUGCUGUAAUUAAACAAUCGGCAGAUGUUGCCGUAAAGGCUAGCUGGAAUCGUUUUUUAUUGGUCAACCGUAAUCCAUAUUCCAUGGUAAUUUUCAGUUAAGCACCAGUUUUCCUGUACUUUCCAUCUACAAUAACCACAAUGCAAAGUUUGUAUUGGUUUUAUAUUAAAUAAAUGUAUUAAAGAAAUAAAAACUGAAAAUGCAAAAUUACAGAAAUGUCAACGCUCCCUAUAAUAUCUUAUGCUAUUGUGAAUUGGGAUCUCACGUAGAUGAUACAAAGCUGUCGCCAUUUAUUUUUUUUUUUUAACCUUUCUAAAUAUAUCAUAUAUUCUGCUCUUCCAAAUGAUAUAAUAAAACAAUAAUCGACUCUACUACACUUUUGAAUG